UUGUACGCUUCGUGCACCGUUUUCUCUUGCAGUUUUUGGUUCACCGGUAAACUUCAGUGAGAUUGCAUUAGCACGGUUUGCCUGAUUCCAGGUUUCUGUUUAGUACUGGCGCUAGAUUCGAAGCAUUUGAUAAACAUACGGUGCGUUUCGUAUAUGAGUAAAGACACAGAAGAAGCGGAGUGUUUAAUCGUACUCCCGCAAACAACACUUCUUCUUGCUGUUGCUGAUAGUGGUUUUUCGUGGCGUAGGAGGCCGAGUAUAAACAGCAACAAACUGCACGUAUAAGUUGGCUUAUUUCAGUAGGCCACAUCUUAGAAGAGGAUUGCUGCAGACAGCAUGUGAAUGAUUUGCUAAAACAAUACUUUCCUGUACAUUCUAUACACCACCUUCUAUUAAAGUGCCAUUCUUAUCCAAGAAAAGAAUGUUCGUCUUUCUAAUGGUGAAGCCUGUCAAAAUGUGGUUCUGCAAUUUUUAAAUAUAAAUUGUGGGCAUAACAGGCAUGUUUCCCCAGCUUAUAACUGUGGAGCAAAGCCACACAAUUAAAUUGAUUUUUAAAAUGUGUUGGGACAGUUCGGUGAAGUGACAAGUGUUUCACAGUAAAAGAAAACAUGAACAACACAGUGUUUCCAGUCUGUCACUUUCGCUGCUCAAUAAAAUUUACGUGGAUUUAAUCCUUAGAAAGGUAAUUGUAGUUGUGGAAUCAUGUUGGGAACUGAGGAGUGAAACAUCUGUGAAGAAGAAACUGUGUUUACAAGAUAAUAUAAAGUUUAACAUUUAAUAUAUUUGAAAAGGUGCUUGUGAAUUCGAAAGGAAAUUGCGGAAAAGUCUUUAUGCACAAGUCAUGCUGGUCACACCAUGGACUAUCAGUGCAUCAUUGUAUAUACGAUCAUCACCAUCUUGCCACCCAAGGACAACCGACCAGUCUCUGGUUCAACAAGUGGCGACUGGGAACAGCCAUCAAGGCAGCAUGGUGGUACCUGCUGUUUUGCGUGGCUCAAGUGCUGCCUUAAGAGAGCGGUAGCAGCCUAUCUCCGUGCCCUUAAUCUCAGCCCUAACAAUGCUGUUGUGCACGGGAAUUUGGCUUGUGUUUAUUAUGAGCAAGGGCUUAUCGAUCUCGCCAUUGACACAUACCGUCGUGCAAUUGAGCUACAACCUAAUUUCCCUGAUGCCUACUGUAACUUGGCAAAUGCUCUCAAGGAAAAAGGACAGGUUGUGGAAGCAGAAGAUUGUUACAACACAGCAUUGCGGCUAUGCCCCACACAUGCCGACUCACUCAACAACUUGGCGAACAUCAAGCGUGAGCAGGGCUACAUUGAAGAAGCUACUAGACUAUACUUGAAAGCCCUCGAGGUGUUUCCUGAGUUUGCAGCUGCACAUUCAAAUUUGGCAUCUGUUCUGCAACAGCAAGGGAAACUCAAUGAAGCACUUAUGCAUUAUAAGGAAGCUAUCAGGAUCCAGCCAACUUUUGCUGAUGCCUAUAGUAACAUGGGCAACACAUUGAAAGAAAUGCAGGAUAUACAAGGUGCCCUACAGUGUUACACAAGAGCCAUACAAAUUAAUCCAGCAUUUGCUGAUGCGCAUAGUAAUCUGGCAUCAAUUCAUAAGGAUUCAGGAAACAUACCAGAAGCAAUUCAGUCAUAUCGGACUGCUCUGAAAUUGAAGCCUGAUUUCCCAGAUGCAUAUUGUAAUCUUGCACAUUGUUUGCAAAUAGUAUGUGAUUGGACAGACUAUGAGGCUCGCAUGAAAAAACUUGUGAGCAUUGUGGCAGAACAACUUGAUAAAAAUCGUUUACCGUCAGUUCAUCCUCAUCAUUCAAUGCUGUAUCCAUUAUCUCAUGAAUUCCGUAAGGCUAUAGCAGCCAGGCAUGCCAAUCUAUGUCUUGAAAAGAUUCACGUCUUACACAAACCACCUUACAAGUAUCCUAAAGAGUUAAACGCUAGGUUGCGCAUCGGUUAUGUUUCUUCUGAUUUUGGUAACCAUCCAACAUCACAUCUUAUGCAGUCCAUUCCUGGAUUACAUAACAAAUCUAAAGUAGAAGUCUACUGCUAUGCUUUGAGUCCUGAUGAUGGGACAACUUUCAGAGCAAAAAUAGCAAGAGAAGCUGAACAUUUUGUUGACUUGUCACAGGUUCCUUGCAAUGGGAAAGCAGCUGACAGAAUAAAUUCUGAUGGAAUACACAUUUUAGUGAACAUGAAUGGUUAUACCAAAGGUGCUCGUAAUGAAAUAUUUGCACUCCGGCCAGCGCCAGUGCAGGUAAUGUGGCUGGGGUAUCCAGGAACAAGUGGAGCAUCAUUUAUGGAUUACCUCAUAACAGAUGUAGUUACAUCACCUCUUGAAUUGGCUAGUCAGUACAGUGAGAAAUUAGCAUACAUGCCACACACAUAUUUCAUUGGUGAUCACAAGCAAAUGUUUCCACAUCUCAAAGAGAGAGUUAUCCUUACAGACAGGUCAACUGGGAAGAAGGAAGUGCCGGAUAACGUAGCAGUUAUCAAUGCUACAGAUCUGUCACCUAUUAUGGAAAACACUUCAGUGAAAGAAAUACGUGAGGUGGUUUCUUCAGAUAGCAAACAUAGUUCGCGACCUGUUGAAAUUUCUUUAAAGGUAGCUGAGCUACCGACUACCACACCAAUUGAGACAAUGAUUGCAUCAGGGCAGAUCCAAACAUCUGUCAAUGGUGUUGUUGUUCAGAAUGGGUUGGCUACAAAUCAGACUAAUAAUAAAGCUGCAACAGGAGAAGAAGUUCCUCAGAGUAUUGUGAUAACAACUCGACAACAGUAUGGCUUGCCAGAUGAAGCAGUUGUUUAUUGUAAUUUCAAUCAGUUAUACAAAAUUGACCCUCUCACUCUCCAAAUGUGGGUCUAUAUUUUGAAACAUGUGCCAAACUCAGUUCUAUGGCUGUUACGAUUUCCUGCUGUGGGAGAGCCAAAUUUGCAGGCUGCAGCCCAACAAUUAGGUUUGCCACCAGGCCGUAUUCUGUUCAGUAAUGUAGCAGCAAAGGAAGAGCAUGUGAGACGUGGCCAGCUAGCUGAUGUCUGUCUUGAUACUCCUCUUUGUAAUGGCCACACGACAAGUAUGGACGUCCUUUGGACUGGUACCCCUGUUGUUACAUUGCCAGGUGAAACGCUGGCUUCAAGAGUAGCUGCAUCUCAGUUGGCUACAUUAGGAUGUCCAGAGCUUGUGGCAAGCACACGCCAAGAAUACCAGGACAUAGCUGUUCGUCUUGGUACAGAUAGAGAAUACUUGAAAGCCACUCGUGCUAAAGUAUGGCGAGCACGAACUGAGAGUCCAUUGUUCGACUGCUUACAGUAUGCUCAGGGUAUGGAAAAACUGUUCCAGAAGAUGUGGGAGCGUUAUCAGCGAGGUGAUAAGCCUGACCACAUAACUGAUGUCAAAUAGGUGCACUAUUUGUACUGAGAUUCUUCCCUUCUUUAGCCUGUACCAAUCAGUACAUUAGCCGCCAUACAAUAGGCGGUAGUAUCCUGAUCUAUUUAUGUCAUGAAGCUGUGACUGCAUUAGUUCUUGGCCCUGAUUUCAUAAGGCACCACCAUACCGUAGCCUCUCUUUGAUAACUGUGCCAGAUGAACGUUACCAUCUGUGUUAAUUAUCCGAAGUUGGGCAUCAGAUGCAUGAUUGUUUACUGUGAGUGGUGGUUGCCUCUAGAUAUUUUUCCGGGUUGAAAAUGAACUUCUGCGUUCCCAGAAGUAUUAUCUGCUGCAUCCAGUUGUUGCUUGCAGAGAUCAGUUGUGUUGCUUUAAGAUGUAUUUCCGUUGUGUCGAACAUUAAAAAGUAUUUGGACUGUGCUGUGUGACUGAAACUGUUGACACCAUGUGUCUUCAGAGAUAGCAUGCACAAUAUUUUUAAGUGUCUGUAUGUUCCGUUUUCAGUGAUUGUGAUAUGUUAUAUAUGUUAUGUGAUAUUUCCUAUGCCAGUUGUGGAGUAAAAUGACGCAGAAGACACAAGGAGGAGCCAUAUGAAGUUCAUUUUUAAGAAGUGAUGUUUAAUUUUAUAGAACUAAAGUACCUGUGAAGGACAAUUUUCUGUGCAUUAUUCAAGAUCUAUCUCUACAAAGACAGCAGUGUCUGUUUGGUGUAUCUGCUGUUUUUGCUGCUCUGAGAUUUAUGAAACCAUGAGCUAUUUUCCUAAAAAUAAAAUUAGGCCUCUCCUUU